UCUCUAUUAUCAAGGACACUACCUACUGUCCAGACGCAUACAUCAAAUAACAAACAGUUUGUUAUUUCUGCUUAACGAUGUUUGAGAUAUGAAAGACAGGACGGCAAAUGUUAUAUGCGCUUGAAAUAAAUAAGACGUUUCAAAUGAAUUUUGAGUCAGACUUUUAGGUUGAAGAUCAUUGUUUUCUGUUAAAUCAGUCUUUCAAACCCCGCUCUAUGAAGAAUCUGAUUUUUCUGACCAUAACAUACCAACUUGUGGUUGCUAUUUGGCCAAUAACAACGUUCACAUAUAAUAAUAUCGACAACAGCAUCAAUAAUAACUGCGGGAAAAACUUUCAAUUCAAGCCAAACAGAAUCAUCUUAACCCAAAAGUCCAUUUCAGCGGGUGCUAAAUUUCUCAAAAAGUUAAAAGUAUCAUCGUUUAAAGAAUGUUACUUUAUGUGUUGCAAUACAAAUGAAUGUAGCACGGCAAUAUUUGAAUCUAAGGCUACACAGUCCUGUUUUAUGUUUGAUUGUCGACAGCCUGGACAAUGCUUUUAUUCUAGUUAUUCCAAUUAUGAUACAAUCGUCUUGGAAGAAUCAAACGGUAAUCAGAGUUUGAAAAACAAAGUUGGUCUAAAUCAACAUUGUGAUUCAAAUAACUUGUGUGAUGAAGUUAAAACUAUAUGCUCUGAUGGGAUUUGUAUUUGUCAGUCUGGUUGGAUUGCUAAGAAAGGUUCAUGCGUUCAGUCAGUUUGUAAAUCACCAGAACUUCAAUUCCAGUGUGAUGAUUCUUCUACUUGUGUAGCUAUCUAUGAUAAAUGUAACGGAAUAGUUGAAUGCCCGGAUGGAUCAGAUGAGUUGUUUUGCCCUUCAAGAGUAAUUCGCAAGCAAAAUGAGACUAAUCCGUCAUUACCGCGUAAUCAAAAACAAGGUGAAUUUGACGAGGGAAUUUUGUCUAAACCUUCAAAUUUAAGUUAUCAGCCCUUGGGAAGAUAUCAAUCCAGUCAACCAUCUUUAUUAACUACAUCUCGAAGUACUUCUCCAGCGUUGAUGGAUUUACACGAUCUAUCUGAUCCAUUAUUUUAUUCUAGUCAACCAAAUUAUCAUAAUGGUAGGGAACAACUGACAAAAUCACAUCCAAUUAAAUCUGCUAACCAAAAACCAUUAUUCAAUGUUGAUGAUAAAAAAUCGUUCAUGCUUGAUAUAAAUAAUAAAAUUAAUGAAAAUAAUGAUAACAAUCCUGAGAUGUUUUUUACUUCAAGUGAUGAUGAUGGAUGGCAUUAUCCUAAGGGACUACUUCAUGAUGUUUCAUCACAGGGUGGUGGUGAUGUCCUUUCACAAUCAUUGCCUAGAAAGCAUCUAUAUCGACCAGAUCAUCAUCAUUCGGUACUAUCACGAAUGAAAGCAUAUGAAACGGCAGGACUAUACAGGCCCAGAUCAUUCAAUACUUUUAAAGUUGAUUAUCCUCAGUCAUCACAGAGAAAUGAUUUAUCGUUCAUUCCUUAUCAUCAUUCCAAUAAUUUUAUGCGUGGAUCACAUCAAGAUGAACCACCAUUUUUUCAAUAUAAUCUGGAUAAUAAACACCAAUCUGAGAUGAUAAUUGAUCCAACCGUACUGGAAAAUAUGGACUUUAUCAAUAAGUUUAGUGAAACAGGCGAUACUUUAAAAAAGUAUCCGUUGGUUCAUGAGCCUAAACACAUUCAUCAUAGGAAUGAAUUUGAUGACAUUAAUCAAAAGGCAUCUAGUAUAGAUAAAAAUGAAAUUCGACCGGCGACUCUCACUAGUACUAGUAGUCCCAUUACAACAACUGAUUCAUCACAAAGUAUAAUAGCUGCUGUUAAGCAAAGUCAAUCUGAAGGUCAUACUUCUGCUUUGUUAUUAGCAUUCAGUCUUGGUUUAAUUUGUUGUUUCAUUGGUCUACUUAUUGCUGAAUGGAGACGUCGGCAAAAAUUGCAUUUAUGGUCAUCGCAUCGUUCAAGACCAGAGCAAGCAAUUGUUUUUGGUGAUCGAACAAAAAUAUCCAUGCCAAGAUUAAAAUCAUCUCGUCGAUUAAAGAAAAAUACGAAUUAUGACCAAGUGAAUAAAACUAUAACAGGUACAAUAGAUGAAGAAAAAGCUUUAUUCAAUGAUUUAGUCCUUUAACUCAUCAUUGAUCUUAAGAAAUACAUUAUGAUACAUUGCAUCUAUAUUUAAUUUCAGUUUUGAGUUUAAGUUUUCAUCAUUGUCUAAUAUUUUAUUGAACUCUGUACUCAUUUAAAUAAGCAUUUAAGAAGUAAUACGACCAAUCGGUUUUAUUUGUGAAUUUUCUCAUACAUAUAUAUAAACUGUUUAUUUCACUAAAGUCUAUGUCUUGCAUUUAUUUUGAUUUGAUAUUACUUUUUAAUUCAUGUUCCGUGUAAUAUGCAUUCCUACCAGACAAUUUCGAUGUUGUGAUAAUCACCAAUGUUCUUUUGAUAUAUUUUUACGUUUAUUUGCAUUGAUUAAUCUCUUUAUUAUCUAAAUUUUAUUACUAUUAAUAUCAAUAGUAAUUAACUUGUCAAUUCGUUCAGUAUUUAGGUAUUAUGAAAUUCAACGUGAAUUUCUUUUAAUCGGUUUUGAUUACGGUAAAAUAUAUCCUAAGGAUUCUUUGUCUCGGUAUUAUUUGUAUUAUUCAUCUUGUUGUUGUAAUUCAGUAAGACACAUUGGAGGAGUACAAAUUUGCACCAAGCCCUAUAUUGAUUGUGACUGACCCUGUAAUCUCGGUGUGACACACAUGUAAUGCAAUCAUGUGCAGUACCAUACAUGUUUUUUUCAAAACACGAUAUCCCGUUGCCUGACGAAGUACAUUUAGCAUUUAAAAUUCAUACGACAGAUUUAUCAUUGUCAGAUGGCGUGAAUGGCUAAAUAGCUAAUUUGGUUAGUGUGCUCUUAGAUUGGAAAACUAAAAGUAUAUUGGGAUGGGUUACAAGUGGGCUAUUUGCACAAGUCCGAACGCGUUUAUGCUCCUGGGCAACAUGUUAAUUGAUACUUUAUUUUUUAUUGAUAGGUUAGUGUUUACAUUAGCGAUAACACUUGAAGGUACCGAGCACGCACUCAUUUUAUCGAGUCGUUGCCAUUUGCUUACAAUUAUUUAACUUAAUGGAUAGUAGCCUACCUCCGUUAAUCGACAAAAAGAGACUUCUCGGUAAACAAUGUUGGUUAGUCGCUCUUAGAACAUGAAUCAAGCUUCUGACAUGAUCUAGUGGUCAAAUGCGAGAGAAAAAGUAGGCACAUGUACUUUUUUGCUAAUAUUUUUAUCCAUUGUACACCCAUUUGUGGUGUACGAAACACUGACCGAUUUCUGUAAUAUCUAGGAUAUGCUAACAACUAACUCUCACCAGAAUCUCAAAUUACAUCAUUCUAUACAGUUCCAUCUGAUCUUCAUGUUUAUCAGUUGAUAAGAU